AUGGAUGCAAAGGUUCAGAAAAAAAAACAAGAGCAUGGUUUUGUAAGCGAAGCAAAUGAUGAAGUAUUGAAACUAGAAAACAACGAGAAAAGUCUUCUUCCAGUACAACCCACACGCGAUGAAACACAGCACCCAAAAGCAAUUCAUAAAGCAUUUAUAGCAAAAAGCCCAGCACCAUUGCUGUUCACACAUAGCGAUCUACAAAGAAACACCCAGCAAUUUGUGGACGACAUCAAUGCAAAAAGAAAACGCGAUGCAGAUUCACUAACAGAAGUACGAAAAGCUAUGGAAAUCCAAGCGUCAAAUAUUGGAAAUAUGAUUGAAGAGACAUUAGUGGGAAUCUAUGAAGAAAAGAGUAAAGUUAUUCAAGAUAAACUUCAAGAGAUUUUUGCAGUUCUAGACAGAAUAUCGACACUUGAGAGAGAGUUAAAUGAAUUCAAGCAAGCACUGGGUCUGUUUUAUGAAGAUGUACGACCAUCAAAUGAACCAUAG